AUGGCGGCCGUGGGAGAUCCUCUCCAAGGUCAAGCACGUCCAGGCCAAGCUUGCUGGCAGCCAUCGCGGGUGACUACCUCCGCGGUGAUGACGACGGCCUCGUCGUCCACGGAGGCCGCGGCGCCCCUCAAGGCCGACCUCCGCCACGUGAGUGAUCCGUCGAUCUCGUCUCUCCAACAGUUCGGUUCUCUCCGCUUCGAUUCCUUCGAUUCAACAAGAUACUGUGUACCACUUCAUUACAUGCGUGCUAGGUGUUCUGGAUGCAUGCACGAGUUCAACCUGGACAAGCCGCCGGUGCUGCAGGAGGUGGUGGAUUUCUUCAGUGGCCACGAAAUCGAGGACUUCACCUUCAACAGGGGCAGGCUGUCAGAAUGGCGGUGCCAGGCAAAGCUAGCGGUACGCGGAACACCAGAGAAACCACUGAUUGGCCUGUAUCAGGAAUGGACACAUACUAUUCAAGAUAUUCCCGAUUGCAGAGGUAGGACAGGUCGGCAGCACGCGCGUGCAUUGCACUCUUCCUCUUGCUCUGUUCUUGGGCUGAUGCUGGCGGCGGUGCAGGGGAUCCUGAUCAACAUGCAGUUCCCGGGGCCGCAGAUCGACACCGUCACCAACGACAACAUCGUCAUCAACGUCUUCAACAACCUAAUCUGA